GCUGGGAUACCAAGAUCACACGUGAAAUCAAGACGGGUUCAUUUACCGUACGGUACUCGAGUACGAGUAGCCCUCCAGCCACCGCACAAUGCCAAGAAGAUCUGGUUGCCAUACCGUACUCGUACAGUGCGGAUGGCGCUACGAGUAAACAACUGAGAGUGGGUGGCAGACACCAAUUCUUUAGGUCAAGAUGAUAGCGCUUACGACCACGGUACAGAACGGGGGAGGGUAAUACACUUGUGCAGUACUCGUACGAGCGGGAGUUUAUACAGGUAUCACUCAAAGCGGGACACCUGCACCUGUAGUCUAUGGGAUCGUAUGUCGGGUACUCACUGGGUUUGUGCUGCGCGGAGCAGCACUCGUACUGUACCACGACGAACACAGAGCCCUUCUGCCCGAGUACGGUAUCGAGGGAAGGAAUUCUAUCAUAGCGCAAUUCCACCCGCACACAGAAGCACUCCAAAGGUUUGUGUGGGUUCCUCCCCCGCCCACCUCCUAGAUUGCCAUCCUCGCAGAAGGUGACGUCAGUCACUGACAUAAUGGAUACAUCACCACCAGACCCCUAGCCUACGAGCACAAAACACCGGAAUACAAAUACUCGUACGCCCGAGGGGUGUGUAGGUUGCAUUAAUUCCACUUCGAAAAUUCAAAGGCCUGCUUGGUUUGUGUUCCAGCACCUAACAGAUCCAUCCUCUCGUCAAUAUCUUUCUUCGUACCCUUCGGCCCCCCCCCCCAAAAAAGAGCUCCUAUCAAGAUGGCUAUGGCACUUCAGGUACUACUCUAUGAGCACCCCUUUCUCCAUCUCUAUGCCACCAGACACUAAAGGAAUAGCAUAGGCCUCAACUUUUCUCCAUCAGUAUAUCUACGCCACCACCCAUGCCGUUCCAAAAUCUCCUAAUGCGAUCCGCUUCGGUAUUCUCUCAACAGCUAUGAUCAAUCCCGCGGCUAUUAUACGCCCAGCAGAGACACACCCGGAGGUGAAGAUUACUGCGAUUGCCAGUAGAGACCUCCUCUCCGCCAAAAAAUACGCUGCGAAAUACGGUAUCAAAAACGCUUACGGGAGCUACGAUGAGCUUUUGGGGGAUACGACGAUCCAGGCUGUUUAUAUUUCGCUCCCGAACGCGCUGCAUGGAGGUAUCUCUUUAUGUCGUCCUGCUCACAUAUAUUCCACAAUGCAGCGCUGAUUCACGAACACGAAAUCAGAGUGGGCAGAAAAAGCACUGAACGCAAGCAAGCAUGUUCUGCUUGAGAAACCACUCACAGCCAAUGCUUCCGAAGCUCGCCGCAUCUUUGAAAUAGCUUCCGCUAAGAAUCUUGUGCUUCUUGAAGCUUUCCACUGGCAAUUCCAUCCUGCAGCGCACGUUGUACACUCGUUAGUCCACUCUGGCCGCUAUGGGCAGGUCAAGCGCACCUACGCUCGCAUGACGACCCCCGCGAAAUCGAUUCCAAAAUCAGACAUCCGCUGGAAAUACGAUCUUGCCGGAGGAAGCUUGAUGGAUAUGACAUAUGUGGUCUCUGCCACUAGAUAUUUCCUUGAUAAAGGGGUCCCAGAGCAGAUUAUCAGUGCCAAGGCGAGAAGGUCCCCGGAGGACCGGAGGAUAGACGAAGCUAUGGAAGCAGAAUUGCGGUGGGAUAAGGACGGGGUCAAGAGUAAAAUCUAUGCAGAUAUGGAAAGAAGAAAUGUUGCAGUGAUCGUACCACGAGUAUGGGAAUUGCCCGCCGUUGAGAUCGAAUGCGAGGACGCGGUGAUUUAUUUCUACAAGUAGGCUCAACCACAGGCCGGGGUUAAGUUAAAUGCUGACAGGGGUGGUAGUUUUAUGAUGCCGCAUCUGUACCAUUAUAUUCAGGUGACCGACAAGAAAACGGGCCACAGGACAACCCAAAAGCACUACAACUGGGGGCCCAAAUGGGGAGCCAAUUCCGAGCCUUGGUGGAGCACUUAUCGGUAGGGCUGCACUUGCAACACCCGGUGCACGAGUAGUAACGUGAGCUAAUUCGCUACGCCAUAGCUAUCAACUCGAGGCCUUUGCCGAUAGAAUUCAAGGAAGACAACCCGCGCACUGGAUCGACCCCCAGGACAGUAUCGAUGGGAUGCAAACGAUCGACAUGAUCUAUGAAAAGAGCGGCCUGGGGAUCCGUCAUGGAAGCUCGGAAAAGACUAUUAUUGCUGGCAAACAAUGACCGCAUUAUUCCAUAACCCCCCAAAUAUCCUAUACAAUAGACAACCAUUACCAAUCAACUCCAUUUCCUUCCCUUUAGAAAACAACCCUAACACCCCUCUCGUCGAAACAUUCGUGCAAGACACAGGUACAUGUAGCGCAAUGUGACCCCCCCAGCAGACCCCACCGAACUCCUCCUACCAUCCAUGUCCCUUCUCUCCAGGACGGCCUUCACCUCGUCCCGUUGUCCCCCCGGGAUACCGGGGCAUUCGAACGCUGCGUGUUUCCUCGCGCGUACGGUGUUACGUGCGGCGAAGGUUUCCGGACACCAUCGGCAUUUGUGUCUGGUGCUCUGAGGUUUCGUAGGAUCCGGAUAAGGUAUGAUGAGAGUAUCGACAAGAGGAUCAGAAGGUCGGCCGCCCUUGGGCUUAUGCGCAGCGAUGGAAUUCAUGGCUGAAAGCACUUGACAAGCAGCCAGGGAUCCCCCCGAGCUGGGGGGUUCGGGCGAGUUUAUAUACGUUGUAAACGGUUCCGUGGAGGUAUGAUGUGGGUGAACAAUUAUCAUAAUCUUAUGUUGUGACGUCUAGGUGAAGUGCUCGAUUACGGUUUUUGGUGUGUACGGUGUGCCGGUACCACCAAGUUCAAGUGAAUUGUAUUCGACAUGAAAAUGAGGACGUAUGAUACUGGGAGGCCCCAAAGAUACAAUGAUGAGUGUGUGUGUCCAAAUCAGCCGUGUGCGCUUCGAGGAGUCGUGCGCACUGCCAGUACUGUACUCGAGUACAGUACUCUACGUGUAUCAUACAGUGGAUUAACCGAAGAUAUCAUGCAACCGUCGCGGUUUCAGAGCAGAGCCGGGAUGGGGAUGAAAACCCUUUUCUUUCGUCACAAAUAUACAGUAUCAUCCCGGCAUUUACUCGUACACACCCCUAGCGGCCUAACUUGAGAACCGGUUAUCGAUAUUAAACCCCCUCCCCACCAUCAAACCAUCGCCACCAGCCCUCCAUCAUUCAACCCCCCCCCCAAGAGACACCAUCGAAGCAAGAGGAAACAAAAAAUAUCGCAAAACGCAAGAAUGUCAUCAAUAAAACUCUACGGCUUCACAAAGCCCAACAAUGAACCCAGCGUAUCCGGAUACUGCCAAAAGAUCGAAACUCUCCUCCGCGCAUCCUCCUACGACAAUUACACCCAUCACCCCACCACUCCAUACUCCGCGCCCAAGGGUAAGCUACCAUACAUAGAAUUGACACCAGCCCCGACUUCCCCUCCAGAGACAAUCGCGGAUUCACACUUCAUCAUCCGGCGCCUCAUCUCCAGCGAGACGAUCCCAGACCUGGACGAAGGCCUAAGUCCGGAGCAGAGGGCUGACAGCCGCGCUUGGACCGGGUACACCGACGAAACUCUCUACCCAGCCGUCGCGCACACACGCUGGGCGCGCCCGGAAAAUUACGCCACUACUCGCGCUCGUCUCCCUGCCCCGGCAUUGAUAAAGCCGAUCGUGGGAUGGUACCUGGGCUGGAAAAUCACGAGUACGUUGUGGACUUCUGGGGUAGGGAGGCACACGAACGAGGAGAUCGACACGCUCAUUCAGGAGUGGGUGGAUGCGCUAGAUGCAAAGUUGGAGGGGGUGAAGUACUUUCAUGGGGACAGACCGUCGAUUGUGGAUGUGGACGUUUAUGCUAUCCUUGUGAACGGGUUGGGGUGCGGGAAGGGGAAUCGAGAGUUUAUGGAUAUGGUGCUGGGGAAGGAGAGGCUCCGGGAGUAUGUUGCUGGGUUGACGAGGCUGUGGUUUCCGGAGUAUGACGGGAUUCUGGAGAUGGUUGAGGGGAAGAAGGCCUAGGACUGGUUGUUGUGUUUUUUUGUUUCUUUCUUUGAUACCAUCCCAUUAUCGCGACAUCCAGAGAAUGUCUAUGACUCUUAACGUUGUUUAUUGAAGGCCAUAUUAUGC